AUGGGGCUAAGAGCUGCCAGCCUUUUUCUACUCUGGCUGGCUCUUUCCUAUGCAAAUGAAAUAAGAAAAGGAAGGACAAGAAACCAUGGCCACUAUGUCUGCAGCACUUGGGGAAACAACCAUUUCAAAACUUUCGAUGGAGACAUCUAUCAAUUCCCUGGCAUGUGCGAGUAUAAUUUUGCUUCUGACUGCCGAGAGUCUUACAAGGAGUUCUCUGUUCACAUCCAGCGUGCUCGCAACAGCAAUAACCACCCUGAGAUCCAGUAUAUUCUGAUAACAAUCAAGGACUUUACGGUGUACCUCAGACCAAAACUGGCUGUCGUGGAUGGGCGGAUUGUGAAGACACCUUACUACAGCUCUGGUAUGUUCAUUGAGAGCAAUGACAUCUACACCAAGGUUUAUGCCAAAUUAGGCCUGAUUCUGAUUUGGAAUCAGGAAGAUGCACUGAUGGUGGAGCUGGACAGCAGAUUUAGUAACCAUACAUGUGGUCUCUGUGGGGAUUACAAUGGAGUUCCAAUCUACAAUGAGUUUAUCAAUGGAGAUGCAAACUACAAUUCAAUUACAUAUGGAAAUUUACAGAAGAUCAGGAAACCCAAUGCCAAAUGUGAAGAUCCUGAUGAAACUCAGGCACUUCCAAGCUGUAAUGAGCAUCGUCAUGAGUGUGAGAGAUUGCUGACUUCCUCUGCAUUUGCUGAUUGUCGGUUACGCCUUAAUUUGGAAAUGUACAUCCAAGCCUGCAUGCAGGACAAGUGUGCAUGUAAUGGAAAUGAGGACUCCUUCUGCCUCUGCAGCACCAUCUCUGAAUAUUCUCGCCAGUGUUCACAUGCGGGUGGCCGGCCGGGUGAAUGGAGGACAGAGUACUUUUGCCCCAAGACCUGUCCUGAUACCAUGAUCUAUAGGGAAAGCAGCUCACCCUGCAUGGAUACUUGCUCACACUUGGGGAUCAGCAGCCUUUGUGAAGAACACUACAUGGAUGGGUGUUUCUGCCCUGAAGGAACUGUGUAUGAUGAUAUUACUGAAAAAGGCUGCAUACCUGCUAGCCAGUGCCGCUGCAAGCUCCAUGGAAAGGAGUAUUCACCUGGAGAAAGCAUUACCAAUGAAUGUGAAGAAUGCGUCUGUGAUUCAGGCAGAUGGACAUGUAAAGAUUUACCCUGUCCAGGCACAUGUUCAGUGGAAGGAGGUUCCCAUAUUACCACCUUUGAUGGGAAGAAAUACACCUUCCAUGGAGACUGUUACUAUGUGUUGGCCAAGGGUACGGUAAAUGACAGUUAUGCUCUCCUGGCAGAGCUGACUCCCUGUGGCUCCACAGACAGGCAGACCUGUUUGAAGACUGUCGUGCUGUUAGUAGAUGACAAAAAAAAUGUGGUGGCUUUCAGAUCAGAUGGCAGUGUGUUACUGAAUGAGAUGGCAGUGAAUGUGCCUCAUGUGUCAGCCAGCUUCUCAGUAUUCAAGCCAUCUUCCUACUACCUCAUUGUUCAGACUUCUUUUGGGCUUCAGCUGCAGAUCCAAUUGUUUCCAGUCAUGCAGCUGUUUGCAACUGUGGAUCAAUCAGUUCAAGGAAAACUUCAAGGUCUUUGUGGAAACUUUAAUGGGAUGGAAGGUGAUGAUUUUAAAACAGCCAGUGGCUUGGUGGAAGCUACAGGAUCUGCCUUUGCUAACACAUGGAAAGCUCAGUCAACCUGCAAUGACCAAGUAGAAAAGCUGGAAGACCCCUGCAGUCUCAGCAUUGAAAGCGCAAAUUAUGCUGAGCAUUGGUGUUCUUUGCUGAAAAACUCAGAGGGUCCUUUUGCAAGAUGUCAUUUAGUUAUUGAUCCUUCAGAAUACUAUAAGAAAUGUAAGUAUGACACCUGCCUCUGUGAAGACAAUGAAGAAUGCUUGUGUGCUGCCCUGUCCUCUUAUUCAAGAGCCUGUGCUUUCAAAGGGAUCAUACUGGAAGGCUGGAGAAAAAGUGUCUGCAGUAAUGAAGUUUCUACCUGCCCAGGAAAUCAGAUCUUCCUUUACAAUCUUACAAUGUGCCAGCAAACCUGCCGUUCCCUUAUUGAUGGUGAAAAGCAUUGCUUGCAAGACUUCACUCCCGUGGAUGGCUGUGGCUGCCCAUAUAAUACAUACUUGGAUAACCAGGGUACCUGUGUGCCCAUCUCCAAGUGCCCAUGCUAUUACAAAGGAUCAUACCUGGAACCAGGGGAAUAUGUCACAAAAGAUGGAGAACGUUGUGUUUGCCGAAAUGCAAAGGUCCAAUGUACCUCAGUCACAAUAAGAACGAAAGGGGCAACAGAAUGUUCUUCUAACAAGACGUACUUUGACUGCAAUGCAUCCCCAAAGUGGUCUUCGCAAACACCUAUACAACUUAGCUGCCAUACUCCUCAAACUGAUUAUUUUCAGGCAGAGUGUGUCUCAGGCUGUGUGUGCCCUGAAGGUCUAUUUGAUGAUGGGAAAGGGGGCUGUGUUGAGGCGAAGGACUGCCCAUGCUUUCAUAACAACCAGUGGUAUUCUUCUGGACAGAAGAUAACAGUGGACUGCAACACCUGUACCUGCCAAAAAGGGUUUUGGAGCUGCACUGAACAUGUGUGCUAUGGGACUUGUAUGAUAUAUGGAAGUGGCCAUUAUAUCACCUUUGAUGGAAAAUUCUAUGACUUUGAUGGGAGUUGUGAAUAUGUGGCUACUCAGGAUUUUUGUGGUGACAAAAAUUCCAGCGGCUCAUUCAGUAUCAUCACAGAGAAUGUUCCUUGUGGAACUACAGGAGUCACCUGCUCAAAGGCUAUUAAAAUGUUUCUAGGGAAAACUGAACUGAAAUUGGAGAACAAAGAUUAUAAAGAAAUUCAGCGAGAUACUGGUGAUGAUGUGCGUUAUUGGAACAAGACAGUAGGCUUCUACCUCGUUAUUGAGGCUAGCAAUGGAGUGAUGCUUAUCUGGGAUAAGAAGACUACUGUUUUCAUCAAGCUGACCCCUGAUUACAAAGGCAAAGUGUGUGGUCUGUGUGGGAACUUUGAUGACAAGUCUAACAAUGAUUUUACAACAAGGAGUGGGCUGCAGGAGACUAAUGCUCUGAAGUUUGGGAAUUCUUGGAAACAGUCUUCCAUGUGCCCAGAUGUCACACAAGAAAUUAAGCCCUGUGAUGUGAAACCACAUCGGAAGUCCUGGGCAGAGAAAGAAUGCAGCAUCAUCCAGAGUGAAGUCUUUAAAAUAUGUCACUCCAAGGUGGACCCAGUUCCUUUCUAUGAAGCUUGUGUUCAUGAUGCCUGCUCUUGUGACAGCGGUGGAGAUUGUGAGUGCUUCUGCUCUGCAGUUGCUGCAUAUGCUCAAGAAUGUACGAAGGCUCAGGCCUGUGUUUUCUGGAGAACUCCUGAUAUAUGCCCGAUAUUUUGUGACUACUACAACCCUCGUAAUGAGUGUGACUGGCACUAUGAGCCUUGUGGCAGUAAUGUCACAACCUGCAGGAUGAUUAAUAAUGUCAGCACCAACUUUUCAGUACCAUACCUGGAAGGUUGCUACCCCAGAUGCCCUGAGGACAAGCCUGUUUAUAAUGAAGAGACAAAGGAAUGUGUGACUGAAGAUAAAUGUUGGUGUUACAUCAACGGAACUCCUGUUCUCCCUGGGCAGGAAAUACCCACAGAAGACAACUGUACAAUAUGUGUCUGUGGACCCUCAGGAUCCAUACAGUGUAAACCAGUCCCAGGGUGUCCUUGUGUCAUCAAUGGAACGAGUUAUGAAGUGGGUGAAACUGUUGCACAAAUACAGGAUGGCAACAUAUGUACUACAUACAUUUGUGCAGAAAAUGGUUCUGUAGUUGUUGGAAGUAUUUAUCCUUGUCCAACAUCUACUUCACCUACAACCAUUUCAACCUCCUUUCCUACCAGUACUCUUACCACCACAGUUACCACUACAAGCCCUCCAGCAAGCACAACUCCAUGCUUUGUAUUAAUCUGCAAUUGGACUGAGUGGUUUGACGUUAGUAAACCUGAAGAAGAUGGCGGUGACUAUGAAACCUAUGAUGCAAUAAGAAAUGAACAUGGAAACAAAAUAUGUGAAGCUCCUGAAGACAUUGAAUGCAGGGCUAAAGAUAAUCCUGAUAUGAGUUUAGAGGAACUUGGCCAGAAAGUAGAGUGCAAUGUCACAUAUGGACUAAUCUGUAGAAAUGAGGAGCAAGAUGCAACUAUAUGGCAACUUUGCUAUAAUUAUGAAAUCAGAGUAAACUGUUGUGAGUGGCAUGAAAUUUCUUGUGAGGUUACACCGACUCCAACACCAACUGGAACUUCAAUCACCACCAGCACAACAGUACCCACCAUCACUACAGCCAGACAGCCAACAGCAAUUACCACCACGCCCGUACCCACCCCAACCAUCACAAGCGAAGCCCCACCUUCAUCCACAAGGAGCACAAUGUCCCCUCCACCUCUAUCAACAACCACUCCCACGCCAACGUCAUCGGAGCCUCCCAGCAGCACUGCCACCACCACGAUGCCCCCCAGCAGCACCAGCGGCAGCACCCCGGGGACAACGUUGACUGUUCCUACCACAUCAACACCCAUCCCAAUGACUGCAAGCACAUCUGUACCCACACCGACAUACACUGCCACCCAGUCACCUCCAGACUGUACCUGCAUCUGGACGGGAUGGAUUGAUGUGAGUUACCCAGAUAGUUCUGACAGAAACAGUGGUGACUACGAAACCUUUGAGAACAUUCUGAAGCACAACUCCUCCUUUGUCUGUGCAAAAGCUGAGAAUAUUUCAUGCAGAGCAACGCGGUUCCCUGACAUUCCCAUUACAGAUUUAGGGCAGAACGUGGAAUGCAGCGUUGACACAGGGCUGGUCUGUAACAAUAGUGAUCAGACCAUAGGAGGUAUAAUACCGAUGCCCGUCUGCCUCAAUUAUGAGAUCAAUAUCUGCUGCAUCCCCAACAUACCAGAGUGUGUUACAAGUACCACUGUGAGUACCACUGUGAGCACCACAACAGCCCCACCUUCAUCCACAAGGAGCACAAUGUCCCCUCCACCUCUUUCGACAACCGCUUCCACGCCAACGUCAUCGGAGCCUCCCAGCAGCACUGCCACCACCACGAUGCCCCCCAGCAGCACCAGCGGCAGCACCCCGGGGACAACGUUGACUGUUCCUACCACAUCAACACCCAUCCCAAUGACUGCAAGCACAUCUGUACCCACACCGACAUACACUGCCACCCAGUCACCUCCAGACUGUACCUGCAUCUGGACGGGAUGGAUUGAUGUGAGUUACCCAGAUAGUUCUGACAGAAACAGUGGUGACUACGAAACCUUUGAGAACAUUCUGAAGCACAACUCCUCCUUUGUCUGUGCAAAAGCUGAGAAUAUUUCAUGCAGAGCAACGCGGUUCCCUGACAUUCCCAUUACAGAUUUAGGGCAGAACGUGGAAUGCAGCGUUGACACAGGGCUGGUCUGUAACAAUAGUGAUCAGACCAUAGGAGGUAUAAUACCGAUGCCCGUCUGCCUCAAUUAUGAGAUCAAUAUCUGCUGCAUCCCCAACAUACCAGAGUGUGUUACAAGUACCACUGUGAGUACCACUGUGAGCACCACAACAGCCCCACCUUCAUCCACAAGGAGCACAAUGUCCCCUCCACCUCUUUCGACAACCGCUUCCACGCCAACGUCAUCGGAGCCUCCCAGCAGCACUGCCACCACCACGAUGCCCCCCAGCAGCACCAGCGGCAGCACCCCGGGGACAACGUUGACUGUUCCUACCGCAUUAACAACUACCCCAAUGACUGCAAGCACGUUCACACCACCAAUAAUUAUCACCAGAACUCCACUGGCUCCGACUUCAGAAGCAAUAAAGCAUACAACAUCUGAAUCAGGAACACUAACAAACACGACUACUGCAGUUACUCCAUCAGUUACUGCACCACCAACAGCUAUGACAGAAAUAGCAAGUACAGUAUCUACCAUAAGCACCACUAUUGAACAGUCAACAACAUUAGUAUCAACAACCCCAGUGACAGUCACCACCUCUGGAGUCACGGAGACAGGGUCGACCACCAGAGUCACCCCUUCAGGCCCCACACCCUCAGGACCGCCUCUUGAGAGCACCACAAUUUUAACGGAAAGGCCUACCCAGGAGACCACAACCACCGGCACUGGGAGCCCUCCAACAGCACCUCCGACUGCCACUGCCAGCACCACAACCACAGCACCGCCGUCCCCAGGGCCUACAGCCAGCACUACUGUGUUGCCACCUUCCGUUUCAACAACCCCAGUGACAGUCACCACCUCUGGAGUCACGGAGACAGGGUCGACCACCAGAAUCACCCCUUCAGGCCCCACAACCUCAGGACCGCCUCUUGAGAGCACCACAAUUUUAACGGAAAGGCCUACCCAGGAGACCACAACCACCGGCACUGGGAGCCCUCCAACAGCACCUCCGACUGCCACUGCCAGCACCACAACCACAGCACCGCCGUCCCCAGGGCCUACAGCCAGCACUACUGUGUUGCCACCAUCAGUUUCAACAACCCCAGUGACAGCCACCACCUCUGGAGUCACGGAGACAGGGUCGACCACCAGAAUCACCCCUUCAGGCCCCACACCCUCAGGACCGCCUCUUGAGAGCACCACAAUUUUAACGGAAAGGCCUACUCAGGAGACCACGACCACCGGCACUGGGAGCCCUCCAACAGCACCUCCGACUGCCACUGCCAGCACCACAACCACAGCACCGCCGUCCCCAGGGCCUACAGCCAGCACUACUGUGUUGCCACCAUCAGUUUCAACAACCCCAGUGACAGUCACCACCUCUGGAGUCACGGAGACAGGGUCGACCACCAGAGUCACCCCUUCAGGCCCCACACCCUCAGGACCGCCUCUUGAGAGCACCACAAUUUUAACGGAAAGGCCUACCCAGGAGACCACGACCACCGGCACUGGGAGCCCUCCAACAGCACCUCCGACUGCCACUGCCAGCACCACAACCACAGCACCGCCGUCCCCAGGGCCUACAGCCAGCACUACUGUGUUGCCACCUUCCGUUUCAACAACCCCAGUGACAGUCACCACCUCUGGAGUCACGGAGACAGGGUCGACCACCAGAGUCACCCCUUCAGGCCCCACACCCUCAGGACCGCCUCUUGAGAGCACCACAAUCUUAACGGAAAGGCCUACUCAGGAGACCACGACCACCGGCACUGGGAGCCCUCCAACAGCACCUCCGACUGCCACUGCCAGCACCACAACCACAGCACCGCCAUCCCCAGGGCCUACAGCCAGCACUACUGUGUUACCACCUUCCGUUUCAACAACCCCAGUGACAGUCACCACCUCUGGAGUCACGGAGACAGGGUCGACCACCAGAAUCACCCCUUCAGGCCCCACACCCUCAGGACCGCCUCUUGAGAGCACCACAAUUUUAACGGAAAGGCCUACCCAGGAGACCACGACCACCGGCACUGGGAGCCCUCCAACAGCACCUCCGACUGCCACUGCCAGCACCACAACCACAGCACCGCCAUCCCCAGGGCCUACAGCCAGCACUACUGUGUUGCCACCUUCCGUUUCAACAACCCCAGUGACAGUCACCACCUCUGGAGUCACGGAGACAGGGUCGACCACCAGAAUCACCCCUUCAGGCCCCACACCCUCAGGACCGCCUCUUGAGAGCACCACAAUUUUAACGGAAAGGCCUACCCAGGAGACCACGACCACCGGCACUGGGAGCCCUCCAACAGCACCUCCGACUGCCACUGCCAGCAUCACAACAUCGGGACCAUUCUCCCAAGAGCCUAUAACCAGUACUACUGUGUUACCACCUUCCGUUUCAACAACCCCAGUGACAGUCACCACCUCUGGAGUCACGGAGACAGGGUCGACCACCAGAGUCACCCCUUCAGGCCCCACACCCUCAGGACCGCCUCUUGAGAGCACCACAAUUUUAACGGAAAGGCCUACCCAGGAGACCACGACCACCGGCACUGGGAGCCCUCCAACAGCACCUCCGACUGCCACUGCCAGCACCACAACCACAGCACCGCCAUCCCCAGGGCCUACAGCCAGCACUACUGUGUUGCCACCUUCCGUUUCAACAACCCCAGUGACAGUCACCACCUCUGGAGUCACGGAGACAGGGUCGACCACCAGAAUCACCCCUUCAGGCCCCACACCCUCAGGACCACCUCUUGAGAGCACCACAAUUUUAACGGAAAGGCCUACCCAGGAGACCACAACCACCGGCACUGGGAGCCCUCCAACAGCACCUCCGAUUGCCACUGCCAGCACCACAACCACAGCACCGCCGUCCCCAGGGCCUACAGCCAGCACUACUGUGUUGCCACCAUCAGUUUCAACAACCCCAGUGACAGCCACCACCUCUGGAGUCACGGAGACAGGGUCGACCACCAGAAUCACCCCUUCAGGCCCCACACCCUCAGGACCGCCUCUUGAGAGCACCACAAUUUUAACGGAAAGGCCUACCCAGGAGACCACGACCACCGGCACUGGGAGCCCUCCAACAGCACCUCCGACUGCCACUGCCAGCACCACAACCACAGCACCGCCGUCCCCAGGGCCUACAGCCAGCACUACUGUGUUGCCGCCUUCCGUUUCAACAACCCCAGUGACAGUCACCACCUCUGGAGUCACGGAGACAGGGUCGACCACCAGAAUCACCCCUUCAGGCCCCACACCCUCAGGACCGCCUCUUGAGAGCACCACAGUUUUAACGGAAAGGCCUACCCAGGAGACCACGACCACCGGCACUGGGAGCCCUCCAACAGCACCUCCGACUGCCACUGCCAGCACCACAACCACAGCACCGCCAUCCCCAGGGCCUACAGCCAGCACUACUGUGUUGCCACCUUCCGUUUCAACAACCCCAGUGACAGUCACCACCUCUGGAGUCACGGAGACAGGGUCGACCACCAGAAUCACCCCUUCAGGCCCCACACCCUCAGGACCGCCUCUUGAGAGCACCACAAUUUUAACGGAAAGGCCUACCCAGGAGACCACGACCACCGGCACUGGGAGCCCUCCAACAGCACCUCCGACUGCCACUGCCAGCACCACAACCACAGCACCGCCGUCCCCAGGGCCUACAGCCAGCACUACUGUGUUGCCGCCUUCCGUUUCAACAACCCCAGUGACAGUCACCACCUCUGGAGUCACGGAGACAGGGUCGACCACCAGAAUCACCCCUUCAGGCCCCACACCCUCAGGACCGCCUCUUGAGAGCACCACAAUUUUAACGGAAAGGCCUACCCAGGAGACCACGACCACCGGCACUGGGAGCCCUCCAACAGCACCUCCGACUGCCACUGCCAGCACCACAACCACAGCACCGCCAUCCCCAGGGCCUACAGCCAGCACUACUGUGUUGCCACCUUCCGUUUCAACAACCCCAGUGACAGUCACCACCUCUGGAGUCACGGAGACAGGGUCGACCACCAGAGUCACCCCUUCAGGCCCCACACCCUCAGGACCGCCUCUUGAGAGCACCACAAUCUUAACGGAAAGGCCUACCCAGGAGACCACGACCACCGGCACUGGGAGCCCUCCAACAGCACCUCCGACUGCCACUGCCAGCAUCACAACAUCGGGACCAUUCUCCCAAGAGCCUAUAACCGGUACUACUGUGUUACCACCUUCCGUUUCAACAACCCCAGUGACAGUCACCACCUCUGGAGUCACGGAGACAGGGUCGACCACCAGAGUCACCCCUUCAGGCCCCACACCCUCAGGACCGCCUCUUGAGAGCACCACAAUUUUAACGGAAAGGCCUACCCAGGAGACCACGACCACCGGCACUGGGAGCCCUCCAACAGCACCUCCGACUGCCACUGCCAGCAUCACAACAUCGGGACCAUUCUCCCAAGAGCCUAUAACCGGUACUACUGUGUUACCACCUUCCGUUUCAACAACCCCAGUGACAGUCACCACCUCUGGAGUCACGGAGACAGGGUCGACCACCAGAGUCACCCCUUCAGGCCCCACACCCUCAGGACCGCCUCUUGAGAGCACCACAAUCUUAACGGAAAGGCCUACCCAGGAGACCACGACCACCGGCACUGGGAGCCCUCCAACAGCACCUCCGACUGCCACUGCCAGCACCACAACCACAGCACCGCCGUCCCCAGGGCCUACAGCCAGCACUACUGUGUUGCCACCUUCCGUUUCAACAACCCCAGUGACAGUCACCACCUCUGGAGUCACAGAGACAGGGUCAACCACCAGAAUCACCCCUUCAGGCCCCACACCCUCAGGACCACCUCUUGAGAGCACCACAAUUUUAACGGAAAGGCCUACCCAGGAGACCACGACCACCGGCACUGGGAGCCCUCCAACAGCACCUCCGACUGCCACUGCCAGCACCACAACCACAGCACCGCCAUCCCCAGGGCCUACAGCCAGCACUACUGUGUUGCCACCAUCAGUUUCAACAACCCCUGUGUCAGUUACCACCUCUGGUACAACUCCAACAGAAUCUUUUACCACUACUUCAGGGACCACCUCUAGUAGUUUUACCAGUAUUGCUGGAAGUACUACCACCACUGCCACUGAAAUUGUUUCCCCUGGCUCAACUAGUACUUCCUGGCCAACUGAAACAUCAAGUGCAGUCACUAUUGCAGGAAGUUCUACAUACAGUACAGUUACUCCAGCCAGUGCUUCAAGUUCCGCUACAAGUCUACCAUCAGCCACUCCUGGAAGAAAUUGUUCUAUUUUCCCUAAUGAAUCUUAUGCACCAGGUGAGUCGUGGUGGCUCUGUGAGUGCAUUAAGGCAAUAUGUAUAGAAGAUGAUAUAGUCCAGGUGGUUCCCAUAAUCUGUGAGCCACCUCCUAAACCUACAUGUGCCAAUGGGCUUUCUCCUGUGCAAGUUCUUGAUAAGGAUGGAUGCUGUUGGCACUGGGAGUGUGAUUGCUACUGCACUGGCUGGGGAGACCCACAUUACAUGACUUUUGAUGGACUGUACUACAGCUAUCAGGGGAAUUGUACAUACGUCCUUGUGGAAGAGAUAUCUAAGAAAGUUGACAACUUUGGUGUCUACAUUGAUAAUUACCAUUGUGAUACACGGGAUGUAGUCUCCUGUCCUCGAACACUCAUUGUGAGACACGAGACUCAGGAAGUGCGCAUAGCAACAGUCAAACCAAAUACUUUGCAAGUAGAGGUGACAGUAAACAAACAGGUAGUGUCUUUGCCUUAUAAGAAGUUUGGCUUGAGCAUCUACGAGUCAGGCAUAAAUCGUGUGGUGGAAAUUCCUGAACUAAAAAUGAAUGUGACCUACAAUGGCUUGUCCUUUUCUAUCAGAAUGCCCUACAGCCUGUUUGGCAACAACACUCAAGGACAGUGUGGUACUUGCAAUAACAACACAGCAGAUGACUGCAUGUUGCCAAACGGAAACAUUGCAGAAAACUGUGAAACCAUGGCAGAUCAUUGGCAAGUGGUUGAUCCCUCCAAACCACAGUGCUCUCCAGGCCUAUCUCCUACAAAAGUACCUGGCACAGCCCCAGUGCAGCCUUGCAAAGAAUCUUCCAUCUGUGAGCUUCUUUUGGGAAGUGUGUUUGAGCCAUGCCAUGGCUUUGUCCAGCCUGAAAAAUACUAUGCAGCCUGUGUUUUUGAUAGUUGUGUACUUCCCAACUUAGACCUGGAAUGCUCAAGUCUGCAAACCUAUGCUGCUGUCUGUGCUGAUCAAAGUGUAUGCAUUGACUGGAGAAAUCAUACCAAUGGUGUUUGCUGUUCUUAUAAAUGCCCCUCAGGUAAAGAAUACAGAGCAUGUGGUCCUAUUAAAGAGAUAACCUGCAAAUCAAGCCAACAAAACGAAACUUCAUCUAAACGUGUGGAAGGCUGUUUCUGUCCUAAUGGAACAAUGCUGUAUGACUCUGGUGUGGAUGUCUGUGUGAAAACCUGUGGCUGUGUUGGAGUGGAUAAGAUACCCAGAGAGUUUGGGGAAAGGUUUACAGUAGACUGUCAGGACUGUAUUUGCCUGGAAGGCGAAAAUGGCAUUGUAUGUGAGCCUCAUGAAUGUGCUAAGCAAAAUAAGACCAGCUGUGAUGGAGAAGGCUUCUAUGAGGUCAACGAAGUAAAUUCUGAAGACUCCUGCUGCCCCAUUGUCACAUGCAAAUGCAAUACAAGCUUGUGCACAAGUAAAGCCCCCAAGUGUACACUGGGAUUUGAAGUUCAUUCUCAUAUUCCCAGUGGUCAGUGCUGUCCUGUGUACCAGUGUGUUCCCAAGAGGGUUUGUGUACAUCAGAAUGCUGAGUUCUUGCCAAAUUCAUCAGUCUUUGUUGAUAAGUGUCAGAAUUGUUUAUGCACUGACAAAGUUAACGUCAGCAACCAACUGAAUAUCAUCUCAUGCGAACAUAUUCCAUGCAACACAUAUUGUGAACCAGGAUAUGAACUUCAGCCAGUGAAAGGUGAAUGUUGUGGAAGAUGUGUGCAGACCAAGUGUGUUAUACAUACAGGAAACAAUUUUGAUCUUGUCUUGAGUCCUGGAGAGUUUAAAAGUGAUCCUUACAACAACUGCACCAUUUAUAGCUGUGUAAAUGUCCACAACCAGCUUAUCUCCUCCACAUCUGAGAUUACCUGCCCAGCAUUCAGUGAGAAAAGCUGCAAACCUGGAACUAUUACAUUCUUACCUAACGGCUGUUGCAAAACUUGUGCACCUCUGGAUAGUCCUGCACCGUGUGCUGUCCAUCAAAGAAAAGACUUUAUCCUCUAUAAGGGCUGCCGUUCUGUGAACAGAGUUGUUAUGACUGAAUGUGAAGGAACAUGUGGAACCUUCUCACUAUACUCUGCUGAGGCCAAUUCUAUGGACCACAGCUGUUCCUGCUGCAAGGAAUCAAGGACUUCUGUGAGGGAAGUGGAACUGAAAUGCCCCACUGGGCAUUCCAUUUCACAUAAGUAUAUAUACGUGGAAAGCUGCAGCUGUCAAGAGACUGAAUGCAGCAGCUCACAGUCCAGCGAGUCGCAGAGCACAGAAGAAAAUGACAAGGCAAGCACUCUGAACCGUAUCAAGAGGGCCAUCAGCUUGACAUCAAAAUGAAGGGGAAAAAACCUAGCGGCAGUCACCUAAAAGGACUAUGCACCAGUCUCAUCUUCCUUGACUACUUUGGAACUUUUCACUGUUCCUGUUACUUUAUCCUGUUUGUUCUCUGAUUAUUUUUAACAGUGUUCUAUUUAUUUGUGCACAAAAUAAGAACACAGUUUUGUGCACUUGCAAGAAUAUAACCUUUAGGGUCCUUUUAUAAUCAGCUUAUUUUCUCUGAAUGAUUAAAAGCA